AUGGAGUCUAAUCAGUUUGACAAAUUAUCACUGAUGGCAUUAUUGUAUUGGUGUCCAAGUGGCCUUUUAUAUGGACUAGGAAAAUUUGAAAUUGUUCGUAUGGAUGAAUUUAUUUACAGUUUAUUGCGUGAUGAACGAUACUGUGAUAUUCAUUUACUGAAGAUCCAGAGAAGUUGGGUACCAGUGGAUGCUAUUUGUAAUGUAACAUUUGGUUUCAAACUUAAUAAACGAAUUACACUGGAGGAAAUUAGAAAGUUGCAACCAUACGUUAGUGUACUUGAUCAAGAUCCCGACAAGUUGUGA